AUGGGUCGUAUGCACAGUUCCGGUAAAGGUAUCUCCUCUUCUGCUAUUCCUUACUCUAGAAAUGCUCCAUCUUGGUUCAAAUUGUCCAAUGAAGCCGUCAUUGAACAAAUCAUCAAGUACGCUAGAAAGGGUCUAACUCCAUCUCAAAUCGGUGUUCUAUUGAGAGAUGCUCACGGUGUUACUCAAUCCAAGGUUAUCACUGGUAACAAGAUUCUAAGAAUCCUAAAAUCUAACGGUCUAGCUCCAGAAAUUCCAGAAGAUCUAUACUACUUGAUCAAGAAGGCUGUCGCCGUCAGAAAGCAUUUAGAAAGAAACAGAAAGGACAAGGAUGCUAAGUUCAGAUUAAUUUUGAUCGAAUCCAGAAUCCACAGACUAGCUAGAUACUACAGAACUGUUUCCGUUCUACCACCAAACUGGAAGUACGAAUCUGCUACUGCCUCUGCUUUAGUUAACUAG